ACAGACUUUAUAUCUAGACUUUACAUGGAGCACAGUUAGUACUAUGAACUUCAGUGUGGGAGUCAGCUUUGUUUUACCUAAUACUGAUAGAAAUAUGACUGACAAGAAUUCUACUGAAGAUGGAGAAGAAUCAUCUUUGUCUGAAAGCACGACCAUAUUCUUAUAUAUCUUCAUACCUUUGAUUACUUCAGUCACUGUCCUUGGUAACAUUAUUGUUAUUCUAGCUUUUAUUAUUGACAAACGACUUCGAAACCAAAGUAACUUUUUUCUCCUUAAUCUGGCAAUCUGUGAUUUUUUUAUAGGAGCAUUCUGUAUUCCAGUAAGUGCAUCAUACAUCAUAACUGGGAAGUGGACACUUGGUAACUUCAUCUGCAAGGUUUGGUUAAUAGCAGACAAUCUUAUGUGUACUGCGUCAGUGUUUAAUAUUGUUCUUAUAAGUUAUGACAGGUUUCUGUCUAUCACCCUGGCAGUAACUUAUCGUUAUCAACAAAACAAUCAUAGCCAGACUGUCAUGAAGAUGACCACAGUGUGGGUGCUGUCCUUCCUUCUCUACAGUCCAGCUAUCAUUGCCUGGGAAUAUCUAUACAGUGACAGCAACAUUCCUGCAGGCCAAUGUUUAGCUGGAUAUUACUACAGCUGGCACUUCCUUCUUGGAGCUUCAACCUUUGACUUCUUUCUUCCACUGAUAAGCAUUUCAUAUUUUAACAUCAGCAUAUACUGGAACAUAAAACUACGAAGCCGAAAAAGAAGUCGUGUUCCUACUUCACAUACUAAUCCACCACGUGACAUAAGAGCAUCAAUAGAUGUGGCUGUUGUGUCUACCACUGUGGGCAGGAGAGAACAAAGGAGUCAAAUGCAAAUUAACACACUUGAAGCAUCUGUAUAUUUCCAUAAUUCCUCUCCAGAAUCUGGAGUGUGA